GCCGAAUCUUUAGCAAAGGAUUCAGGGGUUCGACCGAAUCCAAAAUAGUGGAUUCGGUGCAAUUUUCAUAAAAACUAGAAGACCUUUAUUCCUCCAACCACAUGUCUACGCGUUUCGGUCCACAGUGGACUGUCAUCAGGUCCUGAUGAUGGUCCGCUGUGGACUGAAAUGCAGAAUAAAGGUCUUCUAACUUUUAUGAAAAUUGUGCCGUGUGUGCUUUCUACUUAUGAACUAUCACUACACUGGUUAGCCCUCAAUAUUUUGAAUGGUGUGUGCAGAUUCACGGAAGUAUAUAUAUAUAGCAUUGGAUAUUGACUGGAAGAUAGGCAAAGGCUACAAGGGGAGCACAGAGGAGUGCUAGGUACAGUAUUUUGCGAUUGUCAUAUCUACAUUUCUAUUUCUAUUCCAAGUAGCCAAAUGUACUGUAUGUACAGUAUUUUAUUCGAGGCUCAGUUGGGGAGGGGGAUUUAUUUAUCUGUCUUCCAUUUUAUGGUGCUACUAAUCUUUAUUGCCUGCAUCCUUAGAUUGCAAUUGCUUCAAGAUAUGGGGCAGCAAGUUGUUCCAUGAGGAAUUGCAGGUACAGUAGAUUGAGUUCUCUUAACGUUUAACUUGUAAAUAAGAUACAGACCAAGACUGAAACUCGAAUUUGGAAACUUGCUAGCCUUAAAAUUAGGAGACCAAGCUAUAUAGGAAAUCCACAACGUACAAGCCCCCAAAUGCACUGAAAAAUAUGUUUAACUAAAUUAUUUUAGCAGCAGUUUAGAAGGUUCUUAGAUUAAGGCAGUCUAUUAAAAAGUAAAUGUCAAUGGGGCAUAUUUAUCAAAAAGUGAAGUUAGGGAUCGUCACAAUCCUCUACAGUGAAAUUUCCGCCACUCUCCAUUCAUUUCUAUGGCAUUCUGAAAGGCAUGUUUAUCAAAGUGUGAACUUUCACUUUCACCCAUUGCUAAAUACUCUCAAAAAUGGAUAGCGGGCAGAAUUUCACUCCAGAGGACACUGGUGAUCCCUAACUUCACUUUUUGAUAAAUACGUAUGCCCUAAUGUGUACUUUGAAAUAGAUUAGAGGGCCAGAACAAUCUUUCAACAUCAAUUGUGAGAGCCAAAAUCUAAUUAGAAGUCACUUCACAGAAUUAACUUUCUAAUCUGGUAGUCGAGUGACCAGACCCAAGUCAUGCCUGGCUUUGGAUAAUAAUAAUAAACGGUAUCACAUGUUUUUAUAUACCAUGAGUGAUCAGUAUCGGUAUUUUACAUGAUGAAGCUAAUUUGAAAAUAUCAGUGCUAAACUGCAAGUAAGUUAUAAGUGCAAAUAUCAGUAGCAAUCAGGCCUAUAACAAAGAUAAUAUCAGACUUGGUUCAUCACUUUCUAACUCUGAAGAACAUUAUAAUUUCAUUUGUAUUGGACUGUUACUAAUGUACCUACUGACUGUGCUUGGAAACUGGUUGAUUAUUAUACUUGUGUGUCUGGUGUCCCAACUGCACACCACAUGAACUUCUUUCUAUGUAACUUGCCAGUUCAGGACAUUAUCUCUCCCAAAGCUGAUGGCCAUCAAACUUACAGGAGAAACCAGCAUUCAUUUUUUAACACAGCUAUUUCCCUUUAAAACUUGGAUUUCCUGCAGUCAUUUCGAACUGUCUUUGAUGCUCCUGGUCAUGUUGCUAAUGCCUCUUUGAUGGCAGAAAGUAGUUGGAAUAAUGAGGCUUUUAUCAGAGCCUAUAGAGCAGGCUCAAAGAUGAUUUGGUCUCGAGAGACCUCCCCAAGCAAUUAGAAGAUCUGAUUGCUCUUGCGAUCAAGGUCGACACGUGACUUAGAGAGCACCUUCGGCCUCUGCAAUGCUCGCACCGUCUCCAAGGAGUUUGCGAAUGACAUUUUCCGGGAUCAAUUGGGGAAAUUAGUGGUCGUAUACCUAGACGACAUCUUAUCUUCUCCAAAGACUUGGAAAGUCAUCGUUCUCAGGUGAAGGAGGUACAGUACUCCCUCUUUGCCAAAUUGGAGAAGUGUGUCUUUGAGGUGUCCAAGAUUCCGUUCCUUGGAUAUGUCAUUUCCCCCUAGGGAUUUGAGAUGGACCCGCCAAGAUUUCGGCUAUACAAAAAAGGCCUCAAGUACCAAGGCCAUACAGAGAUUCAUUGGAUUUGCAAACUACUACUGGCAAUUCAUAAUAAGGUUUUCCUCCAGUAUUUCCCCUAUCCAUGCACUCAUCCGUAAACCCAUUUUUCUGGCCUCCUCCUGCCCUGGAAGCCUUCCAGUCCCUGAAAGAUGCUUUCACUUCAGCCUUGGUUCUCCAUCACCCUAACCAUUAAUUACCCUUCUUCAUUGAAGUUGAUGCUUCCGAUGUCGGAUCAGGAGCUAUUGUUUCCCAAAGACAUUCUGCUGAUGGAAAAUUACAUCCGUAUGCAUCCAAGAAAUUCUUGCUCUCGAGGAGUGGUGCCACCUCUUAGAAGGAGCUUCUAACCCAGUCACCAUCUACUGUAUACUGACCAUAAAACCUAGAAUUUAUACAAGCUCUUAAAAGACUUAAUUCCCUACAGGCAAGAUGGGCUCUCUUCUUUUUCCGCUUAAACUUUGUUUUGACCAAUCGUCCAGGCUCCAAGAAUCGGAAAGCAGAUGCACUAUCCUGAAGCUUCACUCCUGUGGAUCGUCAUUCUGAAGUGCAAGAUCCAGUCAUUCCUCCUGCCAGAAUUAUUGCUUCCCUUUUUCCUCAGUUUGCUGAGCAAAUCCUAUCUGCUCCUUUGGAUACUCCUAUCGGGAUGGCAUUUGCACCCCCUGAGCUUUGCCUCUCCAUUUUGUAACAAACCCAUUGUUCUAGGCAGGUCCGACAUUCCAGUCCCGAAAAGACUCUAGAGUUCCUGCAACGUUUAGUCUGGUGGCCGACUAUUCGAAAAGAUGUCAAAGACUUUGUUGCUGCUUGUACUGUUUGUGCUACCUCCAAAGCUAGCCAUACUCAUCAGUGGUCUAUUACAACCUCUACCCUUUCCCUCUCAUCCAUGGACUCCCCUAGCUGUAGCCUUUAUUGUAGAGUUACCACCCUCAAAAGGGAACACCAUCAUUUGGGUGGUUAUAGAUCGCUUCAGUAAGAUGGUACACUUCAUUCCUUUGCUGAAACUCCCCUCAGCGGUAGAACUGUCUCAAUUGUUUAUUCAAUUCAUUUUCCAGCUGCAUGGCUUCCCGGCAGAAGUAGUCUCUGACAGGGGAUCUCAGUUCAUAUCUAGUUCUGAUGCUCUUUAUGUGAAACUCUGGGUAUCACUCUUCAGUUCUCUUCUGCUUACCAUCCCAAAACUAACAGGGCAGCAGAGUGGGUGAAUCAAGCAUUAGAAUCAUAUCUCUCUCUGUCAGGAUGACCAUGGGCAGAAUUCGCUCAUAACAUAACAUGUGUGCCACACUUCCACUAGGAGUCUCCUUUUAUGACAGUGUGCGGACAACAUCCACAGGCUUUUCCACAAGACUUCUUCUUGACGAAUGUCCCCGCCACAGAUGAUCACGCAGCCCAUACAGUAUGUCUGCUAUUUGGGCUGCGACCAAACCAAAUUUGAAAAAGAGCUCUCUGGUGCAUAAGACUUUCGCUGAUUGCAGACGGAGAGCCUCUCCUCCAUACAAAGUUGCUGACAACUAGGAACAUUCAUUUAAAGGUUCCUUCUCCCAAGUUGGGUCCAAAAUAUGUCGGUCCUUUCUCCAUUUCAGAGAUAGUUAAUCCUGUAGCUGUCCGACUACAACUUCCACCCGAGAUGCGAAUUCAAAAUGUGGUUCAUGUCUCCCUGGUAAAACCAGCAAUUUCCAAUCGCUUCUCUUCAAAUCAGUCUUCCCCUUCAUCUAUCUCCAUGGGCGGUCAACAGGAGUAUGAGGUAGAAAAGAUUUUGGAUUCCAGGCUCUCCAGGGGGGUCUUUACAGUUCCUCAUUAAGUGGAAGGGCUUUUGUCUCGAAGAAUGCCCCUCGCUUGGUAACGGAAUUCUACAGACAAUUCACCCAUAAGCCAAGUCUUGUUGGUCCAGUGGCCCCCCGCUCAUCUGCACUUUCUUCCUCUUCGGUGCAGCGUACAAAAUGUAGGCGCCCAUAGCCACCAUGUGGGUAGCAGUAGUGCCGGACAGCAACGCUGAUGCGGCAGUGCCGGCGUCCUGACGCCAUUGCAAUGAUGUCACAAAGUGGCGUGAAAAUUCUACAUAAAAGGAUGCCCAGGACGCCGGUUCAAUGCCCGAUUAUAGGUUUUGUUUGGAACAUUCCUGGGUGCUUAAUACUUCUUGUUAUACUGAUUUCUGGACUUCUGACCCUGCCUGAACUUCGACUUUGAUACUAAUCUGCCUGCAAAUUGAGCUUCUGUCUGGAUAUUGGCUACGACUACACCUGAUCCCUAUUGGUACCGCAAACUUGGACUUUAACCCCUCAGCUUCCUCCUUGGCCCCCUGACAUGUGGAUAACUAACUUUGCAACUAAACAGUGUUUGCAGAAUCUUUUAAAAGUUAUGCACAAAUUGGCAUUAACUCAAAAGAUUAAAGGUCAUUGCAGUUUGGCCCAUAUAAAUAAUAUUCAUGAGCUGGAACAAGGUCAGAGAACUGCAAUUAAACUAUUUUAGUUGUUGGGAUUGGAACAAUAAAAUUAAUGUCUGAGGAAAGUUUGAUUUCUCUAGAGAAGAGGUUAGAACAUGUUGGAGAAAUAGUGGGAGAUUCUUUUUCUCCCCAAACUUCUCAAGACUAGAUGAACUUUGUCUUAACUGGCGGUCUUUAUCACAAGGGUGAUAAGCCUUCAUAAUGGUCUGCCUGGAGGAAUCAUAAUAAUUAUCUCUUUAUUGAAUUCCAGAUUGUACCAAAGAGCCUGAUGUUAAUUGGUGUUGUUGAUUGGUAGUUAUGAAACAUACAGUCAAAUGAGAAUCAAAUUCUUAAAUAAAUGUUAUUCCCAUAGCUUGGAGUAAUGAGCACUUUGGGGAUUUAACAUUAUUUCGGAUAGUUUUUACAAAGCAUUAAAUACUCUGCUUUCAAAUCUGCUGUUGAUCUUCUAUAAACACUGUGACGAUUUACACAACAGAAACAGGAGACCCUGGUAGGCAGCAAAUACUGUUUUCUGCUCUGUUCCUGCAUUUCAUUCAUUCAGCAAAACAUUCCAGUUUUAAUAACAUUUAUCAGGGACCCCAAGAAGAUACCUAAAUUACAUAUUUGCCACAUUUAAUUACCCUUUCCUCCUUAUACCUACAGUGGUUUAAAUAAUUCUUUAAUAUUAUAAUGAAAUGUAACUUGCUUUAUAGUUCUGGUAUACUAUUGUGAGCAUAAAAUUUUUUUUGACGCCCAUUGACUUUAAUGGGUCUUUGAGAACUUUUCGCCCUUUCUGCGAAUUUUUUCAGAGGCGAAAUGGGACAGAUUGCUCAUCACUAUUCUAUUGUAAUGCUGGGGUUCAAGGGCCGACUCAAUUUACAAAUCAGUUGUCUAAUUGCACUAAUAAAUAUACAUGCUGUGUUCUCAUUAUGCAGUUAAUGAACUACAGGUUUAUCCUUCCAUAAAUUAAUGGAUGUGCUCCUCAUUGUGUGUUGGCUUAAAGUCUUCUCAUUGCACUUGUUAAUUGACUGACUCCACAGAUUUAUCUUUUGGGAGAAUUAUGGUUAGUUGUUCCAAUACAUCAACUGUCUUCAUGUUUAGCAUCACACAAUCCCUAAAAUGUUGCACGGGCCCUAUAUGUUAUACUUUAUAAAUAAAGUUAGUUAUUGUAAUUGUCAAAUACACUUGUGCAAUUUAUUAUAACACAUACAGUAUUUUUAAAGCACCAACAUAUUACACAGCACUGUACCUAUGUCCUAAUCCAGACGUUGUACUUUUUAGGUGUCAUGCAAAUGCUGUUUCCUUCUCAGUGUAUGCAGUGCCAUUGAUUAUGUCAUGAAUAUCUCAGUACCAAGAGACUUCUAUCUCCUAGCAUUUUCCAACUCUGAACAACAUCAUCAUAUUAUUUUUAUUGGACUUUUACUAAUGUACCUACUGGCUUUGGUUGGAAACUUGCUGAUUAUUGUACUUGUGUGUCUGGUACCCCAACUGCACACCCCCAUGUACUUCUUUCUGUGCAACCUGGCAGUCCAGGACAUUAUCACUGUCUCUGCUGUCCUGCCUAAGCUGAUGACCAUCAUCUUUAUAGGGGAAAGGAGCAUUUCUUUUUAUGGCUGCAUAACACAACUAUUUCUCUACAUAUCUUGCACUGACGGUGAUUUUCUCUUGCUGGCCAUCAUGGCUUAUGACCGAUAUGUGGCUAUUUGUAUCCCUAUGCGUUAUCACCUUAUUAUGAAAGCCAGAUUUUGCAUCCUUUUGGUGUCAACAGCUUGGAUUUUUUGUACCACCAAUGCAUUGUGCUAUGCAUUACUUAUGUCUAAUUUGUCAUUUUGCAGGCUUAUUAAAAUAAAUCAUGUAUUUUGUGAAAUCCUAACCUUGGUGGAGCUUUCCUGCAGUGAUACAACUCUCAUAAAGACAUUAAUAACAGUUGAUGCACCAUUAAUAGGUGUUUUUCCAUUUUGGUUGAUCUUAACAUCCUAUGCUUACAUCAUAUAUACCAUCCUGAAGAUGAGGACCACAGCAGCAAGGCUCAAGUCUUUCUCCAGCUGUUCUUCACAUCUCACAGUUUUAUUACUAUAUGGUGGUACAUGCAUCAGUUUGUAUAUGAAGCCAGUCUCAGAAAACUCUCAGGAAGUAGACAAGUUGCUUUCUCUGAUUUACUUGGGUUUUAUUCCAGUACUUAACCCAUUGGUGUACAGCCUCAGAAACAGACAGAUUCAGUAUUCCGUAAAAAUAGUGUUUACCAAAUAUCUAUUCCAUUCUCUGUACAAUUAA